AUGGCUCGCGAGGAGGAGGAGGGGGAGGGCGCGGAGGGGGGCCUGGUGCCGCGGGAGCUGCGGGCGCGGCUGCUGGACGCGCGCGACUACCGGGGCCGGGUGGGGGCGGUGUCGGCGCUGAAGCGGGCGCUGGGCGAGGCGCCGUCGGGGGCGCUGCCGGGGCUGCCGUCGGGGCCGCUGCUGGCGCUGCUGGGCCUGCUGCGGGCGCUGCUGGACGACGGCAACUUCAAGGUGGCGCUGGGCGCGCUGGAGGCGCUGCGCCUGCUGGCCGCCCGCCUGGGCCCCGCCGCCGCCGCGCCCGCCCGCCUCGAGCCCCUGGUGGCCGCCGCCGCCGCCGUGCUGGGCGACCCCAAGCUGGCGGUGCGGCAGGAGUGCCGCCGCCUCUUCCGCGGCCUGAUGCGCGCGGCGGGGCCUCAGGCCGUGCUGGACCGGCUGCUGCGGCCCGAGCGCCUGGCGCAGGGGCCCUCGCGCGCGCGGGAGGUGGCGGUGGGGCUCUGCACCGCCGCCCUGCUCAGCUUCCCCGGGCGGGACUUCGACCUGCCGCGCCUGGCCGCCGCCCUGGCCCCGGCCCUGGCCGACCCCAAGCGCCGCGUGCGCCACGCCGCCCUGGAGGCCUUCGCCGUGCUGGACGCCGCCCUGGGGCCCGCCCGCGCCGGGGCCCUCUUCCGCGCCGUGGACGCCGUGGAGCUGCGCGGCGACGACGGCCAGGGCGUGCUGGCCGCCGUCCGCGCCCGCCUGGCCCGCAAGGCCCUGCCCAGGCUGACCGAGCACUGGUUCGUGGAGUACGCCGUGCCCCUGCCAUCGUCCUCCUCGUCCUCCUGCCACGCGCCCCCCGGGGCCGACACCGACUGGCUGCUGGAGGGGAACCACCGCAUCCAGAGCGCCCACGGCGGGGAGACGCCCACGGCCUCGCUGGGGCCCUUCGCCGCCGGCCGAGGCGGGGGCCCCCGGCGGGUGCUCAGCGCCGGCAAGGGCAAGCUGCCCUGGGAGAGCGAGCAGCGGGGGAGCCCGGCGUACCCGGCCAAGGGGGCCGAACCGCUCUCGCCGUCGAGUGAUUUCUUUCAUUCUCCAAGACUGAGGCCUUCUCAGGGUGGGAUGGCCUCUCACCAGCCUCCGCUGUCGGGGAAACACGGGCUGCUGAGUUUGCGUGGAAAGAGCGGCAGCGUGGAUUCCGACCUGCAGUUCCUCGGGCUGAAUAACCACCGGCACGAGACAGACUCUGUCCGUGCCAGCCUGAGUUUCACCAGCAAGCCCCAGCGGACCUUCUGCAGCCCGCCCGAGCCUGCCCCGCCUCUCCUAAGCUCCCAUACCACCCCGGGGGCUUUCAUCCUUCCGUCCUACCCCUUCUCGUCUCCCCGGCACAGUCCAAAGCACGCCUCCCCUCCCACGGACCAGCUGAAGAAGUCACCGGGUCACGGCGGGGUCAACUUCUCGAAUUCCUGGCCCCUUAAGAGCUUCGAAGGGCUCCCGAAACCGAUGCCCCAGAAGAAGUUCUCCAACCCCGUGGCAGAAGGGGAUGCAGGUAAAAGUCCAGGUGAGAACAGCCAGGAGGCUCCUCCGAUUCAGCUGAAGCCCGCCUUCGUGAGGUCCCCGGCUUCACGGAAAGGCCUGAACGGGACCAAGCCGGUGCCUCCCAUCCCCAGGGGCGUCAGCCCCUUGCCAGAGAAAGCGGAGUUCGGCAGCGUGGGACACAGGAACGGAGAGCCGGAAGACAUCUGGCUGAGCGAGCGGGACCGGGGGCUGGCCAUCGACCUUUCAGAGUUGGACGUCAGUGAGAAGGAGCUGGAUGAAGAAGAGAUGCAGAGUUCUCUCCGGUCUCUACGCAACAGCGCGGCUAAGAAGAGGGCAAAGCUGAGCGGCAGCACCUCUGAUCUGGGGAGCCCGGACUCUGUGCUGAAACUAGACCUAACCUCCGAGUCCCCUUCUUGCUUGUCUUCCCCAAGCACCAGCUCCUACAGUGAAAGUGGGGUUUAUAGCCAAGAGUCGGUGACAUCUCCACUCUCCGCAGAGCCUCAAGGGACGAGGACCAUGUCAGACAUUUUCCCUCUGGGAGGCAUCUCUCAGCCCACAAAACUCUCACCGUCGCAGAAUCGAGGUCCGUUCAUCGUAGAACAGAGUCCCGGCACAGGGCCUUCCUCGAGUUUGCAUCAGCUGGAUAGUCUAGACUUCAUCUCAACGAGUGCCUUGGCGGAUGACUCCGUAGUAAUUGUUGGGAAAGGAGUGUUUGGAAGCCCACCUUUGGCUUCGCUCAGCUGUGGCCAGUCGCUGAUAUUCCCCAUGGAGAAUGGAGAUGCGCCUUCUGUCAAAGCGAGCGUGGAGCCUCUUUCAGGGAUUUAUGGGAGAGCUGUCCCACAGCAGGCCUCCGCACCUUACCUUGACAUGGACGUUGAAAGAGAUGUGAAAGUGGCCCUGUCCAAAUCUGCUCGGGAGAAAAUGAGGCAAAAGAAGAAAGAAGAAAAAGAGCAUCAGGAAGUUGGAAGUCUUGAAAGAAACGAGCCGAGCCCUUGGGAGCUCUUAAAGCAAAAUGACUCUGAAAAGAUGGCGUCAGAAACUAGUGACAUAUCUCCAGGUCCGCGGAUGCCGUUCAGGGACGGGACGCUGCUGAUCACGCGCAGCACAGAGAUCCUGGGGCCCAUGGAGCUGAGGCCUUUCUCCAAGCCGGAAGCGGCUCUUUCAGAAGCAUUGCAGUAUCUCGCUGAUGACGAUUGGGAGAAGAAGAUGGAAGGCCUGAACACGGUCCGAUGCCUGUCUGCCUACCACCCUGAUGCACUGACCGCAAAGCUCCACGAGACCAGCCUGGCUGUCAUUCAGGAGGUGAAGAAUUUGCGCUCUGUUGUUUCACGAGCUGCCGUCAUUUGUUUGGGAGACUUGUUCAACCACCUGAAAAGGAGCAUGGAUCAGGAGCUGGAUGGUACGGUCAAAGUCCUUUUGCACAAGGCCGGGGAGUCGAACAGCUUCAUCAGGGAAGAUGUCGAGAAAGCGCUGAAGGCAAUGGUGAACAACGUCACGCCGGCCCGCGCUCUCGCUUCGUUGAUCAACGGAGGCCAAAGCCACUUGAACACAGCCGUGAGAAGGUGCGCAGCCCAGCAUCUGUCGGAUGUCGUAGAGCACAUGGGACCGGGGCGCAUUUUGUCCGGGAUUAAGGACGUCACAGACAAGGUUUUGUCUGCUGUAGCCAAAUUUGUUCAGGAUGGCUCACAGGAAACAAGGUACUAUGGCCGGAAGAUGCUCUUCACCUUGAUGACACAUGCGGACUUUGAGAGAAUGCUUGAAAAGUACAUCCUGCCGAAGGACUUGCCUUAUGUUAAAGAGACUGUCGGAAGUCUGAGGCAGAAGGGCCUGGGAGAGAUGCCGAUCGUCACACCCUCGGCCAAAGGCAGGCGUUUGCACACCAGCACCACGGACAGUUCGAGAUCAGCCUCCCUGUCACGGGACACGCUCAGUGCUGGCGACAGAGAGAUGAGGGAAAUCUGUGAAAUGACCCGGAAACUGGGUCCCCGAAACGCCUUGGAAAGCGCGGAAUACGUGAAGGUCAUCACAGCUUCACUGAACGCCAAGGACUUCCGGGAGAGGAUCGGUGCAAUCAGGCAGUUGUUAGCAGACACAGAGAGCAACCAAGACCUUGUGGUGGCCAACAUCGUAAAGAUCUUCGACGCUUUCAAGUCCCGCUUGCACGACUCCAACAGCAAAGUCAACCAGGUGGCCCUGGAGACCAUGCGCCAGCUGAUCCCCCUGCUGAAGGAGAAGCUCUCCCCGGUCAUCAACAUGCUCAUCCCAGCCUUGGUGGACAACAACCUGAACUCCAAAAACCCGGGCAUCUACGCUGCGGCCACCGGCGUCAUCCAGGCCCUCUGCCAGCAUUUAGACAAUUACCUGCUUCUCCAGCCAUUCUGCACAAAAGCCCAGUUCCUGAGUGGAAAAGCCAAACAAGAUGUCACUGAAAUACUAGCCGAGCUCGUCGUCGAUUUGUACCCCCGGAAGCCUCACGCCGUGGAGCAGAAAGUCCUGGUGGUUUUGUGGCAUCUCUUGGGCAACAUGACCAACAGCGGCUCCUUGCCUGGAGCCAGCGGGAACAUCCGGACAGCUGCCGCUAAAUUGUCCAAAGCACUUUUUGCACAGAUGGGCCAGAACCUGCUGCUCCAGGCCGCUUCCCAGCCCCCGCACAUCAAAAGGACCUUGGAGGAAUUCCUCGACCAGGCGACCUGA